GACACGAGCCUGCCCGAGGUCCUCAACUACGACUACCUGGAUGCCAUCUCCCGUGCCACGGACCAGGGCUCCUGCGGCAGCUGCUGGGCGUACGCGUCCACCGCGGCACUGAACGCGCACGCCGAGCUCAACAACAACACCAACCGGUAUUCCGUCGCCCAGAUCGUGGCCUGCACCCCCAACCCGCAGAAGUGCGGCGGCAACGGAGGCUGCGAGGGGGCCACGGCCGAGCUGGCCUACGAGUACGCGCUGACUAGCGGCCUCAGCCUGGAGUCCGAGUUCCCCGCGAGGCCGGGCGGCGCGCAGUCCGCGUGCCCCGAGCACCAGAAGGCGCCCCAGUCGCUGCUGGCCGCAGGCAUCGCCUCGAAGGCCGUGAUCAUGCCGGACGGGUCCGAGAAGCACAUGCUGGCCGACGAGCUGCGCGGCGGCAGGGCCAUCGGCAUGCUGGGCUGGACCAAGCUGCCCGAGAACAAGGAGGGGCCGCUGGUGCGCGCGCUGGUGGAGCAGGGCCCGCUCGCCAUCGCGGUGGCCGCGGGCGGCGACUGGAACUGGUAUUACCACGGCAUCCUCACGCCGCAGGGUUGCGACAGGAAUCACGUCAUCAGCCACGCGGUCGUGCUUUACGGGUACGGCAAGGCUGUGAGCGCGAAGCACGGGGACGUGAAGUACUGGCGCAUCAAGAAUUCGUGGGGGAGCAAUUGGGGCGAGGACGGCAUGCUCCGCCUGCAGCGCCUGGACGAGGAGGACAAGGAGUGCGGCUGGGACAUGAAGCCCGAAGUGGGCUCGGGCUGCACGGGAGGCCCCUCGAAGGUGUGGGUCUGCGGCUCCUGCGGCAUCCUCUACGACGCCGUGCUGCCGAUGUUCCGGAUGUGA